GUCACCCUAACAUGGCUGUCCUAACAUGAGCUAAACAAAGACAAGGACAACAUCAGUAGGCAUGCUAACAUGGACAGGGGAACCCCUACACAAAGAACUACAGGCCAACAUCCAUCUGCUUCCAACUCCGCCCUUUAUCAUUACAUCCAGAGGACACAUCCUACCUCUGAGUCACCACACUAGCAGACCCAGGGAUCACGACAAAAAGAGUACCAGUCUCUCCUGUGGGUACAGCUAAGACAUCAGCAUGUCACAAGACUUAGGAGACCUCAAGGAUCUGAUGCCCACUGAAAGGAAGUCUGUCUGGAGGACGGCUGAGGAAAGGCGGAUGUCUGACCUCACCCGGGUGCUGGAGUGGCUGGAAAGGAGGCAGGGCAAGAAGAAGCGUGCCCUCCAGAAAAAGAUCGAAGAGGCGAACCGUGCAGAAGAGAAGGCAGGGAAGAAAGGCCCAGGGGCUAAGAAGAAGGACAAAGAGGGCCGCAAGGUGACCUUCAACAAGGAUGCUCAGCAUAAUUUCUCUCCUGGCUCCAAGAAUCAAGAUCCAAAUGCCAUCAAGAAGCUCCCUGCCGGUUACCAGAGGGGGUAUGUAACAGAUGUAAAGGGCAAGCGUCUGAACAUGAUGUCCACCGCCUUCAGCAGGGAUGGCCUUAAGAAGUCUGGCCUAUCUGGAUCCAGAAGAGGAUCAGAGAACAGAGGAUCGGACUUAGACAUCAAAGAUGUCAUAGCCCUAGAAAACAACACUCGCGUAAGCCCGUACCGCAGACAAAGCUCUGUUGACCCUGUGCUUCAGGACGCUAUGUUCGGCACACGGAGGGUAGGUCUGCUGAGAGACUGGCCAAGCAAGGCUCCUGACGAUCGCAAGCUGAAGAGCCUCAUGGAGAAGGGCACAGAGCCCAAGAUAGAGUCAGCCAAGAUGCUGAAGCCGGAGGAGGUGCUGAGCUGCCGGUACCUGCGUUUGUCCAAGAACAACAUCAAGACCUUGAUCAAGCUGUGCAAGGAUGCAGGGAUGGAUGUGGAAAUCCACCCACACAUGAUAGAGGCCGAGAUAGACGCCAAGAAGAUAUUCGAACAUCGUAACAGCACAGCACUGUAGUAGUGCUGCCCCCUGGAGGCUCCUCCCAUGCGGUCUGAGCACCCUGAGGAUUGGCUUCCCUAAACUGCACGGGUUGAAC